UUCCAUCUUCAAUAUUCCAAUAUCCAUGGCCAAUUAUCAGACCACGGAUAUUAAUGAUGAUUUUACUCUACGGACAAAAUUAAACCGUGCUCUUUCUCACACAAAAAAUGAAGAUAUCGAAACACGUCGGAAAAAAAAUGAGGACGUCAAAAAACUUUGCAAAGAGACUGAAUUGGGUCCAUUAUUUGUCUGUAACAUACAAAAUAACACUGUGCUUCAUUUGGCAUGUUACUUUAAAAACUUCGAAUUAGCAAAUGAUCUACUUGAUAGUAUGCCUGAGUCUAGUCUCGACUUAUUAUUGGUGAAAAGAAAUGCUUGGGGAUCCACCGUGCUUCAUGACGCAUCCACCUCGAAACACGAGUUAGGAGUUGUAUUCCUGAAGAAGCUGUUCCAUAGAGUGCCUACUUUGCUAGCACAACGUACUAACAUGGGCGAGACUGCUCUCUUUCAGGCAAUCCGCUAUGGCAAGAGAAAUGUGUAUAAGUUACUAAUCGAGGAAGUGCGUAAGCUAUGUAACAUUUAUACGGGGCAUGACUACCUCCAUUACCUUCGAAGAGAGGAUCACACUAACGUUCUUCACUUGGCCAUCCUCACAAGACGAUUUGAUAUGGCGCUUGAUAUAGCUGACAAAUAUCCUGAUUUAUGUGAUCAACCAACAUAUCUGAAAACGACUGCGCUUCAAAUGCUGGCAGGCAGUCCAACUGCAUUCAGAAGUGGAGUUACAUUCGGGUGUCUAGUGGACUUUGUUUACAAUAUUGUCCCAACUAGUGAACAAGGCACACAUGGAGAAGUUGGCAUAAUAAAGAAAUGCAUGGGAUUCAUGUUAAACAGAAGUUGCUGCAAAUUUCCAAUGAUAGAAAAAGUUAGAGAGAUGAAGAAGGGACAUGAGGAUGCUCUAGAGCUUGCCAAAAUUCUGAUUCGAAGAGAUAAAUCUUGGGAGCACACACACUUGCCACGUGCUGCCGUAACGCCUGCUACUAAUAUCCAAAACAAUGUGAAUAAUGAAAUAGCAUCACAGACCAUUGUCAUAUCAGAUGAUCACGGCUGGGGUGAAACUCCAUUGCUUUUGGCAGCUAGGAGUGGUUGUAUAGAGGUUGUUAGAGAAAUAUUGGAGAUGUACCCAGAGGCAGUGGACCACUUAAAUGACAAUCAAGAAAAUGUGCUACAUGUUGCCAUCAAGAAUCGAAACAUCGACAUUUUCGAUCUUAUUAGAGAAACAAGACCUUCAACUUCAAGGGGCCUACUAAGAGCCAUAAAUAAACAAGAUAACUCCAUACUCCACUUGGUUGGAUGCAAGCCAGCCAACUUAGGGGAAUUUUCUGAUUACAGAGAGAUGAAAAGUCCGGCUGUGCAGUUGUCAGAGGAAUUGACAUUGUUAGAGAAAUUGGAAAACAUAUGUCCAGAGUUCCUAAAGAAUCACCGAAAUAGGGAUAACUUGACCGCUCGAGAAAUGUUUGCCAAGGCAAACAAUGAUCUUCAUGAUAGAGCCAAGACAUGGCUGAAGAGCACUGCGGAAAACUGUACAGUGGUAAUUAUUCUAAUGACUACAGUUGCCUUUGCUGCUGCAUAUACAGUACCAGGUGGUCCAGAUGACCGUACAGGUCUCCCAAUCCUUCUUGGACAACCUUUAUUCAUAGUUUUUACUAUCACUGAUGUUCUUUCACUGGGAUUUGGAUUAACCGCGGUGGUAGUCUUUCUCACCAUACUCACAUCGCCUUAUCGAAUGAAAGAUUUCCAAAGAUCUCUUCCACAAAAGUUGUUGUUGGGUUUUACACUUCUCUUCCUUUCGGUGUCAAUGAUGAUGGUUGCCUUUGCAGCAACUAUUGUUCUCACCAUUAAUGCCAGGCAGAGAUGGACCAAGAUUACACUAUAUAUAGUUGCUAUCUUCCCUGUCUUAAUAUUCAUGCUAUCCUAUAUUCCUUUCUAUAAGGAACUUAUUGGUGCUUUAAGCUACUGGCUUAAGAAGAUCCAUAGCUCUCUUCCUAGGAUUUCCUGUCGUGCACCAAAGCACACGGAUCCUACUUUAUCGAAGAGUGUCUAACUUUGUUGCUCAAGGGGUUCAAUUCCUAUACUGGAUAGCAUUCUUCUCAGUUUCCAUAGUGUGGGCUUACAUCAGUUAUUCUGUCAUUUAUAUGACAGUAGAACAUUCUUCUUCUUGUGAUUUGUCUUUAUGUUAUUUAAUAGUAUACCUGAUGAGUGAAUAAAGAUAAGAACAAAGCUUGAAGAUGAAAUUGUAAAACUUAGGUUUCGAAAAUCUGGGCAAAAAAAUUUGGAUUUGUGCAGGAGAGAGGCCAGGAGAGAGAGGAUUUUGUGGAGAGAGGAAGAAGAAAACAUUUGCGAUGGAUGGACUGUUGUAUUUCAAUAUUUCAUUUAGUAUGGUACAAUUGUUUACAGGUGUAAUCCACUCUUUUUAUUUUAA